AUGUUGGAAUCCAUACCCGGUUGGGUCUUUAUCACUGGCGUCUCGCUGCUCAUUGCCACCAUCGCUUAUUCAUCACAGCUAUUCAUUCUGUUGCCAGCCAUGGAGUGGUGGUCACCCACUGCAGCCAAAUUGCUUAUUCCAUUCAACUUGUUGGUGCUCAUGGUUUACUACAACUACUAUCUGGCAUGCACAACGGAUCCCGGUAAAGUUCCAAACGGUUGGGAACCACCCUAUUCGACCUUUCAAAACGAUGACAGCACACGGUGGCAACGUCAAGAGCUUCCUGCUACCGAUACUGGUAUGACAGGGCCACGCUAUUGCAAGCAAUGCAAGCACUACAAGCCUCCUCGCUCACAUCAUUGCCGCUAUUGUCGACGUUGUGUACUCAAGAUGGAUCAUCACUGCCCAUGGAUCGCCAAUUGUGUGGGAUAUGACAAUUAUGGCCAUUUUGUACGAUUUGUGCUCUAUGUGGAUAUUGCAUGUGGCUAUGCCUUGGGCUUGCUGGGUUGGCGUGUGUCGAUGAUUCUUGAUGACAUUCGUCAUUUUCGGUGGAAUGCUGAACCCUCGACGAUGGAAGUGGUGUUUCUCGUGAUCAAUUUUAUCUUGGCAUUCGUGGUCAUUUUUUGCGUGGGCAUCCUGAGCGUGUACCACUUGUAUUGUAUGUCUCGGAAUCAAUCUUCAGUUGAAAGCUGGGAACGUAGCAAGGUCAAGACACUCAUUCGACGUGGUAAAAUCAUGCCCGUUCAUUAUCCAUUUGAUGUUGGCUUGUACCGCAAUAUCUGUUCAGUGCUCGGAAACAAUCCAUUGUUAUGGCUUUGGCCACAAAAUCCAACAAGCGAUGGUUUGACAUUUCCUGUACGACCUGGCACAGACCCUCGCCUUCCUUAUUGUUGGCCACCACGCGAUCCCGACGAUCUACGUCCGUCCAUAUUUUCAAACCGCUACAAACGAAAGCAGCAACGUGAAAUGAUGCGUAACAACAAUGCCAACCCCAAUUCACAUCGACUUGUAAGGCGUGAUUCGGAAGGUUAUCUUGUGCGUGAAAUCACUAUGGAAGAGAGGAUGGCCAUGUUGCAACCUGGUUACCAGGAACAAGAUGAACAACUACAACAACAGCCUGAGUAUGAAGGUGAACAUCUUGAACGGCUCGAUACAUAUCAAGAUGAAGCGGAUGAAGUGGAUUCAGUGGAAGAUUAUUAUGACUCUGGCAGCUGUAUCAGUGAAGAAGAGGUGGAGUAUACCCAUUACUAUGACGACCUUGAGCAACAACAACGACAACAAUUGUAUCCUGACACACGGUGGAUGGAGAACAAAGUAUAUGAUUUAUCGGGUGGUGAUUAUUAUGAAGACUCAGGAUCAUCAUGGGAUGAGGAAGACGACCGUGAUCAUCGACGACCCAUGGUUUCUCGAAAGCAUUACCCAGCACCUGUGGACGAUGAUAAUAUUGAUGAAGAGGAGGAGGACAAUGUACCAUUGAUGCCAUAUCCAAAGGAGAGAUCACGGCCCUUACCGACAACACACAAGGUUGUGAAGGAAGAUUGA